GGCGCGGGGCCGCGCGGCGGCGGGAGCGCGCUUGGCGGCAGCUGGUGGCCCGGCGGGGCACCGCCACCCUCGGCCGCAUCGCGCCGGCCAUGGAUCCCUUCCCCAAGGACGGCGAGAGCGCGGCGGGCGGGGAGCCCAGCCGGGGCGCGGCCCCCUCCAGCGGGGUGGUGGUGCAGGUCCGGGAGAAGAAGGGCCCCCUGCGCGCCGCCAUCCCCUACAUGCCGUUCCCCGUGGCUGUCAUCUGCCUCUUCCUCAACACCUUCGUACCGGGGCUGGGAACGUUUGUAUCCGCUUUCACCGUGCUGUGCGGAGCCCGGACUGACCUCCCCGACAGGCACAUGUGUUGUGUGUUCUGGCUGAACAUUGCUGCUGCUCUGAUUCAGAUCCUGACAGCGAUCGUGAUGGUUGGCUGGAUUAUGAGUAUAUUUUGGGGGAUGGACAUGGUCAUUCUCGCAAUUUCACAAGGCUACAAGGAACAGGGGAUCCCACAGCAGCUGUAGUGGCUGGGACAAGUAUGGUCAGAGAAACACGGCGAGAGAUUUCCUUUGGCAGCUCUGGGCCACGGACCUUUUCAUUACCCUUUGUCUUUCUUCUUCUUCUUCUUCCUUUUGUUUUGUUUUGUUCUGUUUGAACCUGGUCCAUCUGCCCAUCCAGCGGAGCGGAGGUGCAGAGCAGCCGACGGAGACUUGCACUGAUCCCAUUGAGCAGCAGAGAUGGGGCAAGCACAGCGUGGGGUAGGACUGGUCCUGGCCAGCACACGAUGGGCAGCUGAUGAGGAGGAUGGUGCCAGGAGAAGGAAACACCCUUGGCAAAGGUGGCAUCCAUGCAGGCAGCUGAGCCAGGGGAGCAGGAGAUGCUGCUUUCCUCCCUCUUCCCAGGAGGGAGUAGCUGAAGAUGCUUUGCCUCCUUUUUAUGCUCACUGUUAAAGGAAACUGGCUGUGGACAUCAAAUGCCAAGGAGCUAUUAACAGAUACAUCUACAGUAUAUAAAAGCAAACCAGUUGUACUUUUCCCCACUCUGAGAGUCCAUCCUUGACUGCUUCGUUGUAGCAGAGGGCUCAGCCCAGCCUCCCCUGCUCACUGUGUAUAUAUGAUGCUCAAUGAAGCUCUGUCUGUGCAGAUAUCUUGAGAAACGUGCUUGCUGUAAAUCAUGCUGUACUGAUAAAUGGACCGAGACCAUCCCCUACUUCCAUCCACUGGCACUAUGUGAAGACCAGACCUCCCACCAGCCCUGAGGGGACGUUAUCUAGCAACGGACCAGUGCCCUGCAGCACCUUGACUCUAGAUGCUUGCCAAAGGCUUCUACUGUAAAACAAUACUGGGGGAGCCAAAAGACGACUUUUUCUCCUUUCCCCUGAAAGGGACUUGCUGGCAGUGUUUCCGUGCUUUGGAAGUGGAUCCCCUUACAGCUCGGCAUGUGUUCCUGGCUGGAGCAGCAUCCCUGCUCUGCUUCUCCAGAGGCCAAAUUCACCACCCAGCGCUUUCAUGCCUCUUGCUGGAGCACCACAGGGAAAAGUCAUCUCCUCCAGGACACCCACCAACACCAGGGCUGGAUAACUCACCUCCCACUUGCAGGAGCUGUGCCAUGUCAUCCACCAGUGCCCGCUGUGCCACACCACCACUGCAAACCAACCCAUCUGCGUGCUGGCAUAGCAAGAGGUCACAGCCAGUGAACGCUUGGUCUGCUUGAAGGCACCUGGCAAUCCCAGCAUCAUCAUCUGCUUUAUAAAUAUAGAUGUUUUAGAUGCAAGUUUUACAGCUAAAAGAGUGAUAGUGGGUAAUGAAGAAUAAAUGCAGUUGCUUCACCCCCAUCUGCCAACACCACAGUGUUUUCUGCUGCUCUUUCCCAUUGUGAAAACCUAAAAAAAAAAAAAAAAAAAAAAAAAGGGCUUUAAUGAAAUAGUUCCUUGGUACUUGAACCCAGCCAGGCUGGACAGCUGAUGUACUACUCAUUGGAAAGCAAUUCCAGGUAGGAACCAAACCAAAUGUGUUUUUGAAGUGUGUGGCCAGUUGUAAGCCAGUUUCAUUCUGGGUCAGCCCAACCAUUUCCAUGCAGUUUUUCUUUGCCUAAGUCUGAUGGUGUUGCCAGAUCCAUACUUAUCAUGGAAAAGGUGCUAUGGCAGGCAGCUCCCACCAUCCCAGCCCUUUGCCUGCCUGGCCACACUUGCUGCAGAGGGUCAGCAUCACUCUCAGAUGUGCCUGGCAAUCAGAGCCAGGAAGGUCAGCGGGGCUAUGUGCCAUUUGGUAGGGUGUUGGACACAGGAGGUGCCUCCAUCUGUGCCACAUCCUGUGCAUCCUGAAACAAGGAGCUGCAUGUUCCUCCCUACCUGCAUCCACUGUCACACAUUUUAUUAAAGAUCUUUCAGUUCUGUUGAAAGUGGCCCCUUGUCAUAGUCUUCCCAUGAUGCGGGGGGUAUUGCUCUGAGCUCCAUGGAUAGGAAACCAAAGAGUCAUGGUCUCAUUCUUCAGGGGGUUGUUUUAUUCCAUCCUUGCCUCCUGCUUGUUUGGGGAUGUCCCUGCAGAUCACGUACAUGCAUACACUCCAGCCGGAGUGCAAUUCAUUACUAUUCAACCCAAACUGCAUCCUCUACAAGACACCACCAAGAGUUCAUUUAAAGCCCAGACACAGGAAGAGCUAUAAGCUUGGCUGGAUCUUAUAUUCCUCCCAGUCAAAAGCAAUGGCUUCUCCCACACACUUGCUAAUCACGGCAUGAUAACACACCCCUGUAUUGUCUAGCUGACUUCUCUUCAUGCUCACACACAUAGUGACUUUUCACGCAGUGCUGCAACUGAUUUUCUAAAGCAGCACUCAAUAUCCAUCCAUGGGACCAGCAUCCUGCAAAACCCGAGGUGACAGUGGCACCAGCUGAACCAGCGUUAGUUACAGUGAAUUCCACAAGAGCCUGUUCCACCCACAAGCCAUCCUUCCUCCUCUUGUCAUCCAUAUUCAUAACCAGAGCCAGGCUAAGAUUCAGUCCUGCUUCUCCUGCAUCCACCCACCAUCCAAAGGGAAGCAACACCCUCUUGUCCUCUUCACCAAAACAACACAGUGGGAUGUGAAGGCUUCACAUACACUCUAGGACCGACAAGGCAAGAGGAGUUUAAUCCGUCUUCCAGCUCUAAGGAUGCUUCCAGCAGGCAGGUGAAAGGGAAUGGGCACAUUUGGGCUUGGGAUCAAAGCAGUGAUGGCAAUGUUGCCCCAAGCACCCCCCUUCCCACCCACCACAUACAUACAGACACUGCUCCAUGGGCCGGGAGGGGAAUGCUUGUCCAUUACUGGUUCGAGUCUGUGUUUUCCUUAGUUUUGGCCAUGCUUGGAUGUAUCAGGUUUUUCCCAGCUGAAGAAGGGAAUGGGUGUGUGUCUUCCUGUGCCAUUUGCAUCCCAAUGGUGAGCCCACCUUUCAUUUUUGUGCCAGAGCCCAAACCGAGGGGUUAGAGAGGACCAUUUGAUGUCUGUUAAUCUCACCGAGUGUUGGAUUGUGACUUGCUGUGUUUUGAUACUGUGGAUUAUUAUUAUUUUUUAAGUUAAAUACAUUCUCUUGCUGGA